CGCUCGUUCUUUCACCGCAAGCUCAGUGGGUAGUGCGUCUCGUUCGUAUUCAACGAUGGGGAAACGCGUUAUGCUUUGCGGUGAUCUCGUAUGGGCGAACGAGGAGGCGAAGCAGAUGUUCGCAGGUGUUGCUGAGAUCGUGCGCAUGGACUCGCCCAACCGCGCGGACUUCCUGGCAGGUUUCAAGCCUGGUGGAAAGUACCAGGGCGUCGAAGGUGUCUACAGACAUAACGUCUCCGCCGACCGAAUAGGCAUAUUCGACAAGGAGAUCAUCGACGCGAUCGCAGGCACUGUAAAGUGGAUCGCCCACAACGGCGCGGGUUACGACCAGAUCGACGUGCACGAAUGCAAAGCCAAAGGGAUCUACGUGUCUAAUACCCCCGGCGCCGUCGACGACGCCACAGCAACCACCGCCCUCUACCUCCUCAUCUCCUCCUUCCGCAAAUUCGCCAACGCCGAGCGCAGCCUGCACGCCGGCAACUGGAAGCGCGGGCACAAGGCCGGGAACGCGCAGGACCUCGAGGACAAGACGCUCGCGAUCCUGGGCCUCGGCGGGAUCGGCCUGCGCCUCGCCGAGUACGUGCGCCCCUUCCGCAUGCGCGUGCUCUACCACAACCGCCGCCCGCGCGCGGACGUGCCGGAGUGGUGUGAAUACUACGGCCCGGAGCGCCUCGACGAGAUGCUCGCGCAGGCGGACGUGCUGAGUGUGCACGUGCCGCUGAAGAAGGAGACGGAGGGCUUGGUGGACGAGAAGAUGAUCCGCGCGCUGAAGAAGGGCGCGGUGAUCGUCAAUACGGCGCGCGGGAAGGUGAUUGACGAGGCGGCGAUGAUACGCGCGCUCGAGGACGGGCAUCUCUCGUCCGUCGGUCUCGACGUGUUCCCCAACGAGCCCGAGGUGAACCCGCGCCUGCUCGAGUUCCCCAACAUCACGCUCCUCCCGCACAUGGGCACCGAGACGCGCGACUCGCAGAAGAAGAUGGAGAUCCGCGCGCUCACCAACGUCCUCGACUACUUCACGAAAGGGAAGGGCCAGGACGUCGUCCCGGAGAUGACAUGACCUCGAUCUUCUACGGAGAGAAGCGGAGUCGCUUUCAAUUGUAUCGAUAGACCAGGCACGCUGUAUAACGCUGGAUCCACUUAGAUACAUACCCAUCGUUAUCAUGGGACUGCUGUGAUACAGGAAGAAGAUACCUCUAGCCAAAUAUAAGCUACAUGAGGCGCAAGCGUGUUCCUUCGAAGCGCCCGAGAACCCAG